UUUAAUUAGAAAACUAAAAAAAAUUAUUGGUUUUAAUUUUAAGGAAAAUUUUUGAAUAACCGUUAAAAAAUUUAUUCGAAUAAAUUCACUAGAACAUUGUAAAUCAGCGUACUGUUGCUAAAGAAACUUGUCAAUUUUCCGGUCAAUAUUGACAUUUUGAGUAGGGAAAAAUACCGACGAGACACCCCUUAUUACUCGGAAAAUGUUGAAUUUCCACCUUGCAUUUUCCUAAUUUAAGCCGAUAGUAUGCUACUCGAGCUUGAAAUUCUUCUAGUUGUAAUGUCGUUCUAUUGAAUUCGAGUGUAUCGUGAAAAUGGUUCAUUCCUGCUAUAUUUGUAAAAUCUCAUCAGAGAAGGACCCUACUGUAUCUUUCCACAGGUUUCCUAAGAACGUCCUACAAAGAGCAAAAUGGGUUGAUUCUUUAGGUUUGGAUGGAAUGAAAGUAUCAACAAGCACAAAAUUAUGCUCUAAGCACUUUCCUGAGGACUCUUUUCGAGUCAGGGAUGGAGGAAGAAGAGACCUCAAACCAUCAGCUAUACCAUCGUAUAAGACCAACUUGGAAAAAAUGUAUUCCGACGAUUCUAUUGUACCCGAGGAAAUGCUGUCCGAGGCCCCUAAUUCUGAUUUGGGCAAAGAUGAUUGUGAGAAUUUCACAAUGUUCCUCACGGAUAAUUUAGAAUUGUUUCCCGAUCAUAUUUUGAAAACAGACUAUUUGGACAAUUCCGAUUUGUUGUUGAAUGACUCCAUGGAGACUGAGAUGAUGGACACUGAGAGCAUUAACAUCGAGAUGUCGAACGUGUUGAAUCCCAUUUUCAGUGAGAGGUUGUCUGAUUUGAGCUCUUCACUAGAGAUAUCUCCUUCAGCUUCUAUUUCCAGCACUCCCACACCAAGUUCUGCAAAAACAAAGUUCCAAUUUUCUCCGAAAGAAUGCCAGGAUAUCGUUAGACCGAUUCAGACUCAAGAGUCUACUUUCGAUGUCGAUAGUUUAAUCAGCAAAAUAUCGGCAGAUAACAAUUUCAAAUGGAGGGCAUACUUCAAACAGUGCACAGUUGAUGAUUUUUCAACCCCAGAAAUGGCCAGAAGAAAUAUCGAGUUAGGUAAGAAAGAGAUAGAGACUCACCAGAAGAAAAUCAAGAUACUGCAACAGCAGAACCGUAGGUUGAAAUGUAGGGUAGCUAGGUUGAAACAAUUGCUGAAGCAGUGCAAACAGAACAAUUCUGUAGAUAUUGGUAAUAUUCUCGACGAAGACGACGAAAUAGAUAUUUAGAUUAUUCCAAUAAUUGAUCAUUAACCGUCACUUUUCACUCUAGAACAGAAAGUAUAUAACGAUUGAAGGUUGUCUUGAAAUUAAUCAAAAUUCCCAAAUUGUCUUUUUUUAGUUCUAAAGACUUUCUUGCUCAACUGUAAAGAUUAUCGGUAUUGUUUUCCUUUUACAUUUUGAACAAAUGUUCUUGAAUUCCUCACAACUUUUUUUUAUUGGGAGACGACCUACUGAAAAAAAUUCUUGGUCUAACAUUCCUCUAAAUCGAUCUCUUUAAUUGCUCAAAACUUCGUAAUAGUUACCACGAUAGUAUUAUUUUUUUGAAAAUUUCUCGUUUUAAAAUUUAUGACUGAAUGUUUAUUAUUUAGUUCAAUUUUGUGAAAUAAUCGACGUAAAAUUUCAAUGUGCACUUUUAAUUACGAUGAUUUUGAACUGAACUAUGCUGCCACAACAUAUCCUCACCCAAAGAUUUUUAGCAUAAAGUGAUUGAAAUUUAUUACGAUUAAAAAACGGUUUUUCUAGAGGUGGAAACGAUUGAGUAGUUACUGAAUGUAUUGAAGUUAUAUGUCUCAAUAUCCUUUGUGUAUACUGUAUAUUAUAGCACUGAGUUUUGGACAGUUUACGAAGAUUUUUUGCUGAAACAUCGGUAGACAAAAUGGGCAUUUCCUUUUUCUUAAAAAAAGUUUUUGAUGGUCUGAAACUGUUUUAGGUUGACCUGUACAUGAAACGGUUUGUGGAAAUGUCCAUUAAGUUUUUAUAGUUCCUAAAUUCACUAGACAAUACUGAUUAGACCAACAAGAAACACUUACCAUGUAUUCAGUUGAUUUAAAGUCACGUUAACUUCCUUGACGAUGAUUUGAUCCUCAAAAUUGACCCAUUUGUGGAGUAUUUCAGGAUUCAGUGUACAGUACAAAUGUCAUUUUUAAUGAAGCCACUACUGUAAUUUUCAACCUGUGUAAAAAUUGUCUAGUUAUCAGCAUUUUUUGUAUUGAAUGAUGUACGAUUUCAAUGGUAGCUUUUUGUGCUGUCUGAACUUUUCAUGACUGAUGAAAUAGCUGUAGUAAAUAAUUUCCACCGGCUUUGUAAAAUUUAGAAAGAUCUCUUGAGGCACGUCCUAUCGAUUUCAUUUCGAAAGCACUGUCCAAUGAAUUAGUCAAUUUAUGUGUUUUAUUUAUUUAUAUAUUUUUAAUUCGUUUUAUGUAUAUAUCUUAUACUGAUUUUUAUAUCUUCAUAUUUUAUUUUACAAUAAAAAUUUUAAUUGAA